UAACAUAUAAAUUAGAAAAUAAUGUUUUAUAUAAUUCUAAAAAUAUAAUUUGUACAGCAAAUGUUUGCAUGAUUCGAUGCUUUGAGAGCCAAUAUAUUUCGCAUUGAAUCAAUUUAUUAAAGGAAUUAAUCAUACUGUGCCGAGGGCAAUAUUAUAUAUUGCGUGUAUCGUUACAUGAUUAAUCGUUGUAUAUUGUAACUAAACGUUGAGGAAUGGCUGAAAAUGCUACUGCAUCGAAUGCAGAGGAAAAAACUAUUUCCUCAGCUAUGACACAGUGUUAUGAAAAUUAUAUUAUAGUUGAUGUUGGUGCCAAUCUUACAAAUAAAAAAUAUAGCAGAGAUUUAGAUAGUGUAAUUCAGAGAGCAAAGGAUGCUGGGGUACAAAAAAUUAUGGUAACAGGUGCAAGUAUUCGUUCCAGUAAAGAAGCAUUACGGUUAACCAGGAUAUAUCCGGGUACUCUGUAUUCUACUGCUGGAGUACAUCCUCAUGAUGCCAAGUCUUGGGAAAAUCCUGAUACUUUACAAGAACUUGAAAGCAUAGCUAACAAUCCAGAAUGUGUAGCAAUAGGAGAAUGUGGUUUAGAUUAUAGUCGUGAUUUUUCUGAUCCUGAGACACAACGUGCUGUAUUUCAUAAACAAGUAGAACUUGCAUGCCAGCUAACCAAACCACUUGUAAUACAUGAAAGAGGUGCUCAAACAGAUGUCUUGGAAGUCUUGGAUCAUUAUAAAAGUUGUUUACCACCAGUGUUAAUUCAUUCAUUUAUUGGAACUGCAAAAGAAGCACAAAUUUAUUUAGAUCAUGGUUUUUAUUUAGGAAUUACAGGAUAUUUAUGUAAAGAUAAAUCUGAUAGCGGAGUAAGACAAUUAUUGGAAAGAAGACUUGCACCUUUAGAAAGAAUAUUAGUAGAAACAGAUGCUCCAUUUAUGUAUCCAAAUACUAGAGCCAGUAAGUUGCCUGUACACGUUAAAGAUGCUCUUACUGAAAGAUCCAUGACAUUUCUUCAUCGAUAUUGUACUUUUCAACGUAAUGAACCAUGUGCCUUGCCUGCAAUAGUGGAGAUGGUAGCAGCAUUUAUGCAAAUUUCUCCAGAAGAGGUUGCCUUAGCUACUGCUUUCAAUGCUUUAAAACUGUUUGGUUUAAAUCAGUAAUAUUAAUAAUCAUUUGUAACUAUAAAAAAAAUGGUGCUACUUGGUGCUAUUUAAUAUUUUGUUUAUUUUGUCAUCAAUACAUCACUCCUUCUCAUGUUUUAAAAUAUUAUUAGUUUACGGAAAUAUAUCUUUUAUAAUAAUAGUGACAAUGUCGAUAUAAUUUACUGGCAAAGAAGAAAAAAAG